AUGACCUUUGACCUGCUGACUGAAGCCUACUCUCGGCAGACGGAGCAUCUGUCCUCCCAUCAGCUGACCGUCCCCCGACCAGUCGGAGGCCGGGCGAGGAGGGACGCCGGCGGCCGACCGCCCAAUCAGGCGUCCUUCGUUAUCAGAGUGGACGGAAACGAUCACGUCGUCCAUCUGCAGAGAAACACGCUGCUGCUGCCCUCAGACUUCACUGAGUUCACCUACAGUCAGAACGGGUCCCUGAUCAGAUCCAGACCACCGGUCCAGAACCACUGUCACUACCAGGGCUUUGUUCAGGACAUGGAGGACUCCUCAGUGGCCAUGAGCAUCUGCAACGGCCUGAGAGGAGUGAUGCAUCUCACUCACGACAGCUACGGGAUCGAGCCAUUGGACUCCGCCUCCGAACAGCACCUGGUGUACCGCCUACAGGAUGUGACCUCACAGCCUCGAGAGUGUGGAACGCCUCACUAUGAGAACGACAACACUACAGAACACACCCGCUACGACGCAGGAGAAAUCCACCAUAGACCACACAGCAGGAUGAAGCGAGCCGUUCUUCAUAAAACUCACUACGUGGAACUGCUGCUGGUGGUCGACAACGACAGGUAUAAUUACAUGAACAGGAAUGAGACGGCAGUGAGGGAGGAGAUGGUUCAUCUGGCCAACUUUGUAGACAGUAUCUACAUGCAGCUGAAUGUUCGGGUGGUUCUGGUCGGUCUGGAGAUCUGGACUCAACAAAACCUGAUCAACACAGAUGGAGGAGCUGGAGAAGUGCUGAGUCGUUUCACUCAGUGGAGGGAGAAGGAGCUGGUUCCCCGCCGCCGGCAUGACUCGGCACAGUUCAUCUUAAAGAAGAGUUUUGGGGCAACGGGAGGGAUGGCGUUUGUCUCCACCGUCUGCUCUCGAAGUCACGGAGGAGGAAUAAACGCAUUCACCAGCAACAACGUUCCUUCGUUCGCCUCCAUCGUGGCUCACGAACUCGGACACAACCUGGGGAUGAACCACGAUGACGGGCGCGCCUGUAAAUGCCCGGUCUCCGCCUGCAUCAUGAACUCCGGAGCCACAGGAUCCAGAAACUUCAGCAGCUGUAGCGCGGAUGAUUUUGAGAAGAUGAUCUUGUUGACAGGAGGGACGUGUCUCCUGAACGUCCCUCGACCCGAUGAAGCCUACAGCGCCCCCUUCUGUGGAAAUGGGCUGGUUGACGUUGGGGAGGAGUGUGACUGCGGCUCUGAAAAGGAGUGUGAGGAGGACCCGUGUUGUGAACAUCAGACGUGUAAGCUGAAGUCCGGAGCUCAGUGUGCGUACGGAGAGUGCUGCUACAACUGUCGGUACCUUCCAGGAGGAACAAUGUGUCGCUCUGGUAAAGACGAGUGUGAUCUACCGGAGUACUGCAACGGCUCUUCGUCCUUCUGUCAGAGCGACGUCUUCGCCCAGAACGGGCAGCCGUGCAGGAACCAGCAGGCCUACUGUUACAACGGGAAGUGCCAGCACCACGACGGCCAGUGUCACGCCUUAUUCGGAACCAAGGCGCAGACGGCUCCUGAAGUCUGUUUCAAAGAAGUCAACAGUAAAGGAGAUCGCUUCGGUAACUGUGGCUACCAAUACUACGGCUACAAGAAGUGUGAGAGCAGAAACGCUCUGUGCGGGAAGCUGCAGUGCUCCAACGUCCAGAAGGUGACUGUCUUCAACAUCGAGCCGUCCAUCAUCAUCACGCCGAUCGGCGGAGCCAAGUGUUACGGCGUGGACUUCAUGCUGGGCUCGGACGUCCCCGACCCGGGCAUGGUGAACGAGGGGACCAAGUGUGGGGAAGACAAGGUGUGUAUGAACUUUGAGUGUCGCAGCGCUGAAGUCCUGAACUACGACUGCGACGUGGAGAAGAAAUGCCACGGACACGGGGUGUGCAACAGUAACAAGAACUGUCACUGCGAGAGCGGCUGGGCUCCGCCCUUCUGUGAGCUCUCGGGUUACGGAGGCAGCGUGGACAGCGGACCCACGUGGAACGAUAAGGACACGUCUCUCAGGGACGGCCUGCUCGUCUUCUUCUUCUUCAUUCUUCCUCUGCUCGCUCUGGGAGCGUUUGUUUUCCUGCGCAGGAACGAGCUUCUGCAGCGCUUUGGGCUGAGCCGCAGGAAAAGGUCGCAGGGAUACCAGGCGGACAGCGCUGCUUCAGCCAAUCCCAGCAGAGGACCGCCUCCCAGAAUGCAGCCGCCGCCCGUUGCCCGUGGCAACUCCAACAACAUACUCAGAGACGGGCAUCAUGCUCAGCUGCUUCCACCGCAUGAGGUGGUGAAGACCAACAGGACGCCUCCUCCUCACGCUCUGAGGCCGCCUCCUCCUCACGCUCUGAGGCCGCCUCCUCCUCCUCUAAAACCAAAACCUGCUGCAUCUCAGCCUCUGGUGCCUCAAAGACCUGCUCCCACCUCACCUGUUUAACCAAUCAGGGGCCUUCCUACCUUCACCCUCCUCCUCCUCUCAUCGCCUCCUUCCUUCCUAACCUCAGCCUCUGCUCACUCAGCCGGUUCCCUAGCAACAGCCAGGAACGGGUCUGUGAGACGGGUCAGAGGAGGAACCGGACUCGGAACACAGCGGGACUGAAACGAAGCAGCUGCUCCUCUUUACUCCUCCGCAGCUCUGUCAGGUGACGUCAUCUGUUACUGAACCAGCCAAUCAGAACGCAGAACAGCCAAAACGACUCCAGAUCCUCCUCCUGCUGUCGGUACAUAUUAGUCCUGCCAUUGGGAUGAAAAUCAUGGUUUCAUGUUGGGUGUUUAGCUGCCCAACAAAUAAUUUAUUAAACAUUAGAGGAAGAAAUGCUGACGUCGGCGCUAACAGCAGGACUGUCUCAAAUGAAAGAAACUC